AUUGUGAGUCCAGCUUCGAGUUAGGUUACAGUUGUAUUCCAACAAUGGAUUGCUCAUUCGCUACCUUACCCGAAUAUCGUGGAAUACCGCCCUAAAUGUUGUUGUGACACACAAGUGUCAUGGCUGUUAUGAAAAUGUGUUGUUUUUUCUGUUGCUGUUCGAUGUCUUGACCGGGAAGAAGCCGAAUGAAGGCGCGGAUGUCGUCGUCCAGCAAGAUGAAGCCGGGCAGCGCGAAGAAGGGCCCGGGGAAGCCCAGGGAGCACCUCAAGGGCAGCUCGUCCAAGACGAAGGGAGGGGAGGGCGGGGGCGCGGAGCCCCCGGCGCCCAAGGAGCUGUCGUUCCCCCUGCUGAAGACGGUCGACAACGACCGCAUGCUGCCGCGCUACUCGGCCGUGCUGCACCGCACGGACGACGACGGGGUCGGCAUGGAGGACCUGGACGCCUUGCAGCUGGAGCUGGAGGCCUUGCUGUCCGCCGUCGUCGUGCGCAGCCGAGCCCUGACCGACGAGAUACAGAUCCUGAGCAGCGCGGAGGAGAAGCGGGAGAAGAAGAGCGUGAAGCUGGGGCCCGUGUCGCCGGGCGGCAAGCGCAGCAAGCACCACGACAAACCAGCCAAGAAGCUCAAGGACUCGUACGGGAAGGCGAAGGAGUCGGCGCACUCGCCCCUGUCCAUCAAGAUCACCAAGCUGAAGGGGGUGCAAGGGCUGGCGGUGAGCCCCGCCCACACGGUGCCGCUCCCGGAGCCCCACGCGCUGUCGGACCCGUCCAAGCUGGAGGCCCCGCGGAUGCUGCUGCCCAAGAACGACACCCCCAACAAGUUCUGGCUGUCCGUGGAGCCGUACUGCGCCGACAUCCUGCCCGAGGACGUCAAGCUGCUGGACGAGCUGAUCCAGGAGCACGACCAGGACGCAGAGUACCAGAAGGUGCCGCCGCUGGGCCGCCACUACAGCCUGCGCUGGGCCCAAGAGGACCUGCUGGAGGAGCAGGAGGCGGCCAGCAGCCAGGCCAAGGGCUCCAAGGGCCGGCAGCCGGACCUGGCCCUGCCCCCCCGCCCGGGAGACGCCUCGGGCCCGCUCACCCAGCGCCUUGUCACCUGCUUCAUGGAGGAGAACGUGAUGGUGCCCACGUUCGACCGGGCGCGCGUGCGCGGCGGCGAGAACACCACGCCUCCCCGCGCCAACUCCUUCCGGAACCACACGGUGGGGCACGCCACGUCGGUCGAGCGACGCAUCAAGAAGGAGCUGGAGGACCAGGGCCUGCUCGACUCGAACGACUCGGAGAUCGUCGAUGCGGACGACGAGAUCCUGGCCGAGAUGAAGAGGUGCCAGGCGGAGCUGAGGGUCGUCGCGGCACACAACCUGCAGCAGCUGCAGAAGCUGCGCCGCCUCGCCGCCAGCGAGAUGUGCCGGCAGGAGCUGAAGAGGCGGCUGCAGCAGGUGGAGGGGGACAUCCUCGACGUGUACCGCCGCAUCCAGGCGUGCAAGCUGAAGAAGCAGGCGGUGAGCCGGCGCGACCAGGAGCUGGCGCUGGAGGCCGUGCGCGAGCGCCGCGCGCUGCUGGCGCAGGUCGACAAGCUGUGAGGCCCGGGGCCAGUCACUCCUCGGCCGGAGUCGAGGAACACUCGGGCUCGCGUCUGCGUCACGGUCCGCGCCUCCGGCUGGGACUCUCUGCACGCCGUGCCUGAACGCCUCUUCGCGCCACUCGGCGGCACUGCUCGACCGUUCGGAUCACCUGAAGUCCAGAGUCGACGAGUACGAACCUACGGACAGAGAGGAACACUCGGGCUUACGUCUGCGACACUGUCCGCGCCUCCGACUGUGCUCUGUACGUACGCCUGAACGCCUCUUCGCGCCACUCGGCAGCACUGCUCGACCGUUCGGAUCACCUGAAGUCCGGAGUCGACGAGUAUGAACCUACGGACAGAGAGGAACACUCGGGCUCGCGUCUGCGACACACUCUGCGCCUCCAGCUGUGCUCUGUAUGUACGCCUGAACGCCUCUUCGCGCCACUCAGCGGCACUGCUCAACAGUUCGGAUCACCUGAAGUCCAGAGUCGAGGAUCACGAACCUACUGUACGCCUGCCUGAACGUCAGGACACCGGUAUUCCGUGCUGCCGUCCCCCACUCUCGCGUUCAGGCUUUACGUGAGGGAGCUCAACUUGCAGCUUUCGCGUACGUGCGGACAUCUCGCGUGCGUUACUCUCUCGUGCUGACUGAGACAGUGGAUACAGAGACCAUUACCAAUUACCAGUGAAAUCUGUGACAAUCUAUAAGUAAUUAAUUAAAAUUAAAUUCAAAGUGAUUUUUAAAUUAAUUUUUUUUUUGUUAUUUAUCAUUUUGAAAUGUAUGUGUUUGUAGGGUUUAAUCAUCAUUACAUACAUAUUACGUUAUUACGUAUCACGUCUUCAAGUUUAUUUUGUGAUUCUUCAUAAUUUUUUACAGGGCAAUAAUUGCUUUUUAGUAUGUUUCAUUUGAAAAUUAUAUUUGAAAAAAUCUGAUUAAAUGUAUAAACCUUGAUUAAAAAUGAUUAUAUUUUUGAAUAUUAUAUGUAUGUUUGUGUGUGCAUUUUAUAAGUUUCACUGUUUCAUGUUUGCAUAAAUGCACCAACUGAGUACAAAUUGAAGUUAUGAAGGAAUAAAUAUAACUUUCAAACAAACCUUUUCAUUGUAGAUUUUUUUUUUCCAGCCGGAAAACAGUUCAAAUGUGGAGCGUUGAGAAGUCGUCGGAUGGACACUGUGUGGUGUGUAGUUUUUAAGUGCAAUAAAGUUACUUAAGAAAGGAGGAA